AUGGAGUAUGUAGACGAGAAUCCGUCCCCGUCCCCGUCCAUCCACUCGGCACGACCCGGGACGCCGCUGCAGCCUGCAGGCCCCGCCCCGCCCGCAUGCACACGCUGCCUCCCUCCAGACUCCAGAGCAACCACGGAUGCCACCUCCAACAACAACAAACACUUCCACUGUCCAUCACGAACCGUCCAUCACUCUACAGCGCGUCACGUCUGCACCCCCCCCUCCAAGCGAGCAACUUCACACCGCACCACCAUCUCCAUCCCGAGAACGAAAUCCGCCCUCGCGGCCACCAUGCUCCGCCGGCCCCCUACAACCCUCCACAUCACCGCCGAGGACGUCGCCGCCUACGAAGACCGGCGCGCAAACGAGGCCCUCGCCGCGGCGCAACAGGCGCGCGUCGAAGCACAGUCGUACGCGCAGUCACAAGCUCAAAUGGAGGGCGUGCAAGAGAGCCCCGCCGCCGUGGGGAGGAGAGCGCGCGAGGAGAGGCUAGGCAUCACCCGGAGGAGGUGA